CUAGAACGGUUCGUCUCGUAAUUAGGGCACUUAACAUCUUCUUCUUCACCAGUUAGCCGCCUAUUCAUCGCAGAGCAACUGCAACUGGAGAUUUGCAGCUGCUGCAAGCUCAAGUUGAAAGUCUUAGAAACAUACAAAUCCUUUGUUCAAGAUGAGCCGGCCAAUGGAGGAAGAUGUUACCAAGAAUGAGGAAGAGGAAUUUAAUACCGGACCACUCUCUGUUCUUAUGAUGAGUGUCAAGAAUAAUACUCAGGUGCUCAUCAACUGUCGUAACAACAGAAAGCUUCUUGGACGUGUAAGAGCAUUCGACAGGCAUUGCAACAUGGUUCUGGAAAAUGUCAGGGAGAUGUGGACUGAGGUGCCAAAGACUGGAAAAGGCAAGAAAAAAGCCCAACCGGUUAACAAGGAUAGAUUCAUCAGCAAGAUGUUUCUCCGUGGGGAUUCAGUUAUCAUUGUUCUUAGGAAUCCUAAGUGAGAGGUGUAUUGUAUGUAGCUUUGACAAUUCCAGUGACUUGUAGAAGUAGAGUCCAAGCUGAAGAUUUAUGUACUAAGGUUGGGAGCUUUUAUGUGCACUUUUUUAGAGCAACUUUCAAGUGCUGUAUAUUUCUUGAGCAAAACUUCACUCAUUUGGAUUUGUUUGUGAAUUUUAGUUGACAGGUAUUAAUUGCACUUUGAGUAA